CACAGAGGAGUAAGAGAAAGGGUGCGGAGAGCUAGAAAUGGAUAAGACGUUGGUCAUCGUGUGCUCGGUGAUCGGGUCUCUAGGAGUGUUGAGUGCCAUCUUGGGGUUCUCGGCCGAGGGCACCAAGCUCACUCCAUAUACGAUACUGGUUUAUGGCGACGAGUGCAUUUACCCGCAAAACCCGGCGCUCGGGCUGGGGGUCUGCGCCGCCAUCUUCCUGCUAGCGGCUCAGGUCACGUCCGCGGCGGUCAGCGGCUGCUGCGGCUGCUGCAAGUCCCGCCCCAUCCCUUCGGAGACCAAGCGGAUCGCCGGCGUCGUCUGCGCCGUCGUUUCGUGGAUCGCGGCGGCGAUCGCGUGGGUGCUGCUCAUAGUAGGAGCGUCGUGGAACGCCAGCGUGGUGCGGGAGGACGCGCCGUACUGCCCCUACCUCAAGGACGGCAUCUUCGCCGGCGCCGGCGUGCUCUCCCUCGCCGCCACGGCGCUCGGCAUCGCCUCAUACGUCAUGAUGCGGACGCAGCGGGCAAAAGCGGCGGCGCCGCCGGCGCCGGCACCUGCCAAGGGAGAACCUCCUCGGGUCGCUCCUGCUGAUGCUGCCCAAGGCAAUGGACCACACGCACCGAACCAGGAGUCGGCUACAGCUCAGGAUCACCCAGCUGACGCCCCAGAGCAGCAGGCGCCGGUGGCACCCUCCGCGCCGCCUCUUGAACCAGAUGGCGACCUGCCGCCGGCUGCUGCUGCUACUCCUUCGCAAUGGGAUGGUGGGCUAUCAACAGUUGUUCGCAAUGAAGUAGCUAAGCAAGGAAUUAGAUUGGCCGCGAAGGUGGUGGAGCAUUCCCUUCUUUCCUGA